AGUGUGUACUGCUGAGCCGCGACUGUUUACAGCGGAGUAACAUGAGUUGACCGGCUCGUCCCGCCUACACCAUAACUCUAAAUGCAGAACCACAGCUGCGGUUCCACAUUUGAGGCGCUAAGCAAAAUAGAGGACUCCAGAGUGGGGGGAAGACAUGAACAAAUGGAGAUCAACAACAAUGUGUGUUGCGCAUAUGAAGGGAAUGGAUCUGGGGGACUCACAGGUGGUGGUGCGUCCCAGCUACCUCCAGGUGUGAGAUGAACCAUGGAAAGGUGCAGGGGUCCGCUCACUAGCCCAGCUCGCGUCCGCAGCCCGGGGGGGUCCUGCAGCAUGCAGCGGUGCUCUCACUAGCGCCCCGUGGACCUGGUCCUGUCCUCCUUACCUGGGGCCAGGGCUGCAGAAUGCUCAGUUCUGUCACCCCUUACAGUCUAUUGAAGAUGCACUGGUCUCCGGAGCACACCGCCCCUAUAUCUCAGUGGCCUGAGCAGCACCUAGACGUCACCUCCACCACUUCUCCCCCGUCUGCCCACAAAAAUGAGCCCUACCCCUCUUCCGCUCGGCGAAAUUACACUCACACAGGUUACCCGUGGGCCAGUGAUGACAUAUCGGCCCUUACAGCUUCUUCGCUUCUCAAGCGCUACGCGGAGAAGUACUCGGGACUGGAGCUGCCCUACGAGCGUCCUGCUCCAGCGGCCUACCCAGAGCCCGGAGCUUUUCUGAAAACUGAAUCGGAACCCUGGGCUCUCAGCCAGGGCAUCGAAUGCUACCCCGGACUUGAAGCGCUAACGGGCAGCAAGGUGGGCUCUGGAUCCGUGGGCAUCCCCACCACAGGAAGUGUGACUGUCGUCAGCAGUAACUUGGCCACCGACGGGAGCUACAGUUCUGGCGGCUCCUGCAGUGCCCCGUCAUCCCAGGACUACCCCCCUGCCUACAACAGCACCUAUCUGUCCUCAGGAUACUGCCCUCAGCCAGCCACAGCACUUCCCCCUACCCCUCUUCACUCUUUGCAGGCCGGACCCACUCUCGUGCCCAGCUACAGCGCCAGCACUCCAGUCUACAACUACCCCCCAGGAUGCUACCCCCAAAACAACCUCUCUUCCAGUUACAGCCACCCCAGUGCCUCCUACUUACCACCAGGGAUUAGCGCCCCUACUCCUCUGGCGCCCAGGCCCACUAUGGUGGGGGGCAGUUACAGCUACCCUUCACACAGUCUCGGGGCAGGCACCGAGUCUGGAGCACCACUGAAACGCAAGGCCUUUGAGAUGGGAGAAGAUGCCGGACAAGAGGGAGCCGAGGUGGAGGGGUCACGCUACAGAAAAUACGGAAACGGCCUCAGCAAAGGCAACGGGCACGGCAACGGCUAUGACGUAAGCGGUUCCGGUUCAGACCCGCAACCCUACAAACCGGGGAAGCCCCUCAUGUCACCCUCUUAUCGCGGGGCAGGAGAUUACAGCCCCCCGUCUAGCCUAGCGGUGGAGAACGCGGCUGGGGAGCACAGCUUUCCUCAUCAGAGGAUGCCCAUGAAGAUACCGGCGUCGCACACCCGAGCCGAGGACCCCGCCGGGGGCCACUGACGACCCCCGCGGCUUUUAAGAAGAUUCCCUUGUGUUUGGAACCGGGGGGUUUUAACCCAAAAACAGUCGGUGAUGAACGUUGCAAGUAUCAGCAGAUGCGUUUGAAUAUCACCUGCGACCACAAGAGGGCACAAGAUUAAGGUUUACGAUACCUCAUCUUUUUCAUUCGCCAUGUUUUCCCAAAGAUACACAAGGGCAUUUUAUUCAUGCGAUGUUAGGGUAAGGAAUUCUCUACGUUGAUAACGAAAGUUGAAAUGUAUGCUUCUCUCAGGAUCUAUUUAUUCCUUUCUGCUACUGUGGCAGCACCGUGGGAAUGUUGCUUUUUUUGGGGGGGGGGGGUAGUUGGCAUAAUUAUUAUAUGCGGCCAUGAGUUUUAAUAGGCCCAUGACUGCAAUGUUCUACGAGCCGACAAAGAAAUUUUCUGACCAAAAAGUAAGAAGAGCAAUAAUUCAAAGGGUGAGAUUGCCGUACUACUUCAGCACAAUCAUGCAGUAGCUGAUUCAGAGGCUUGAGGGAAUGAAUGUCCUGAUAGGCGCCCCCGCCCUCUUUUGCUUCCUGCCUCUUAUGUUCAACCUGUUCAGUGCUACUGUUUUCCUGUUUAUACAAAUCAUGCUGCUUAUGUAAAGCUGGCCUUUAAAUUGUUUUACUCCAGGAUCUCGUUCCUGCGCAUUUUCACGUGUUUUGGGCAGUGUACUUCACGUAUGCGACUUUGGGCCACGUUGUUUACAUGCAGAUGUUCAAAGAGGCUUCUUCUGAAACUUCUAUGAGAAUCCAGUCAACAUUUUGUCUUAAAUAUGAGCAACAAUCAUGCAACAUACUGCUGAACUUAAUGUAAUUGAGUGGCUGCGGUCUUCUGCACCUGCCAUGUAAACAAGUGCAAAACGGGCCCGCUCGGAUUUACUUUACUGAUAUUCAUUGUCUUUAUUUUUGCCUCUUGGAAGGAAGAUUUAUCGUCAUGUGAUUGAAUACUCAGGAAAAAUAUUGUUACCUCAGCAUGAUGAUGGAUAAGAAUGUAUAUUAUUACCUUUGGAGUGCUUGUCGGGAGCCCUUUGGAGCAAAACUGGAGCUGUCGAAAAGCAAAGCGUACUCUGAGCUCUUCAGGGAAUUUACAAGGCCUUUGACAAUAAUGGUAAAAAUGCACACACACGCACACGCAUGCACACACACACACACACACACACACAAUGCUUUGUUGCUGUGGGAAUAAAAAUGGAUAUUUGUACCAGGGCCUGAAAUGUUGAAUGUAAUUUCAUUUUGUUUUUUUUUCUUAUAAGAAACAACAAUACAUGCCAUAAUGUACAUCAAUGACAUUUUUAGAUAUAUGAAACAUAUUUUCUUCAUGUAUAGAUAGAUUCCUAUUUAGAUUUUGGUGAAGACAUAAAUGAUGUUAAGUGUUAGUUUAUGUAGUUUGCAACAAGGGGAAUGGUUUUUUGGACAAACCGCAUAUAAUAAGUAAAAAAAAGCAAAAAAACAAACGGACUUCAAUAUAUGUUCUCCAUGGAUAUGUUUUUUUUUUACUGUUUUAAUGUCUGUUUGUUUUCUGUUCUUUUUAUUAGUUUUUUUACAGCAACUGAUUGAUAAAAUUUCCCCCACAAGGGAGGAAGUUUGUGACAAUAUUGCUUAGUGCCAUUUUAUCAUUGAGCUACAUCAAAUUUAAUGGCACGACCCUCCUGGAUUGUAGGACUUUGGUGGAAAAGUAGUUUUCAAAGAGGGCACAAAACGUGCAAGAUUCAGUGUGGCGAAAUUAUAUCUGAAAGCCUUUUUGCAGCAUUAAGCAAGUAUUGCAGGUACCGUUCAAAUUGUGAUGCAUGGCCUCAGUUUCAAAUGUACACGGGAGAUCAAAAAAGUGAUACAGUCUUAUAAAAAAGUAUUUAUGCGCUUAGCUACAGGAAGUGAAUGCUCUUCGGUGUCACAAAAGCAAUAUACUACACAAGCUGUUCUUUUCAUUCGGUGAGAUUUGUUCGACCCAAAAUUGAUUUCAGUGUUAUCUUUUUUGUUGUUGUUGUAGUAUCUUGUGCAUUCUCUGUAACCUUUUCUACCUCAUUUUGAAGACAUUGUACAUGGAAAUAUUUAUUUCAUGUCCUUUCAUAUGCCAGAUUAGGAGCAACGUUUCUCUAUUUUGACUUGUCAUAGUCUACCUCAUUAAAGCUGUUGUGUCAUGAAAAUGAAGAUAUCGGAAUUGCAACCCAAUAAUUACAUUUUUGUCUUUUUUUUUUUUUUGUCUAUCAAACCAAAAAUGUUUGAGGCUUGAGUAUUGUCUUUCACUAAAAUGUACAAUGUUGACAACUCCAUCUGGCACUAGUGUUUCGUCUUCUACAGCUUCUAUUACAUGGUCAUGACAUGCCAGCACAGACCUUCUUUUUUAUCUACUCUUUUG